AACACUGUCAAACAGGCGAAUCAGCUGUUUUGUACGGUUCCAAAACAAAGCAGCUGCGCUGCUGGUGAAAGUUUGUUUACGUUGUGGUUGUGCUGUGAUGCGAUGGAAAAUUCACACCUAAAUAGGGCUCACAUGUACGGUAGGCGGGCGGAAAACUGUGCAAAAAAUCGACGAUUCGACGAAGCCAUCGAAUGCCAUCGCAAGGCCAUUGUUCACUUCAACGAAGCGUUGAAGCUGCAGACAAAUACGGUCGUGCAGGAGUCGCUUCAGCUGCAGCGCAAGUACCACCUGAAGCAGGUUGACUGGCUGCUGGUGAAGAAGCAGCAGUACGAUCGUUACCUACGAGCGCUCGAUUAUCAGCGUCGUAAGAACCCGGAAUUUUUAGCCCAACAGAUCGAGAAAAUGGACAAAUACAACGAACUGCAAGUAGCGAUCUACCACAAUCUGGACGAUACGGAUGGUUUGUUGGAAUCAUUAGGUAGAAAUAUUGCCUCCAACAACCCACCGACGACGGCGGGAAGCAGUGGUACAAAAACCGUCCACGAUUUAAUCGCGCUUAAUCACUCGCUGCACAUACUGAUCCAACGGAUGUCACAGAAUGUGGAUGAAUACGCCACCGAGAAUGAGGAGCUGCGUGAGAAGUUACGGUACUACGAGAAGGAAAAGGAAUCGGGUAGCUCCGACGGUGGAAAAGGUGUUGGUGAUGCCGAAUCGUCGGGCACCACAAAUAAGGGUGGACCCAGCACACAGAAGCAUACGAUAGGACUGAUGCACGACAAUCUGUCCACACUGGCACCGCUCGAAAUGCCCGUGUUUGAUUUGUCGGACUUUGACAAUCAUUGAGCGGGGGCGUGGAUGGCAUGAAGCCCAGGCUAACCUUUGUACCGUGUCCCUGGUGUCGGCUCGUCGGUGGCAAUACAGUUUGAUGAAACAGUGUUGCAAGGAUGUGAUAACACUACUUAUAUAUUUACAUUAAAUUACAAACACACCGCUGUAGGAAGGUGCCGGUGGUUCGCGGCAAGAGAUGGGGGUUAGUAGAGUUGUAAAUAUUUUGUACAAAAGCGGACAGCAAGCCUUUCCCCUCGUAUCUGUGCUUGCGUUGUUAUUGGUUAGGCUCGAUGUGUAACUAUCGCUAAUAAAGAUUAAUUACAGACGGAUAGAUUGUGAUAUGG